AUGGCAGAAGACAGGGCUGUCCUCAAGGUCACCGGGGACUUGAAAGCUGCUGUCUCUGCCAUCCUCCAGGGUUACGGGGAUGGGCAGCAGUGUGUGACAGAUGCCAGCGCUGAGUUGCACAGACUCUGUGGCUGCCUGGAGUUGCUGCUGCAGUUUGACCAAAAGGAGCAGAGGAGCUUCCUGGGGCCUCGGAAGGAUUAUUGGGACUUCUUCUGCACUGCCCUGAGGCGGCAACAGGGGAAUAUGGAGCCGGCCCAUUUCGUCCACUCACAGGACAAGUUGAAGACCCCAUUGGGGAAAGGGCGUGCCUUCAUCCGCUUCUGCCUAGCCCAUGGACAGCUGGCUGAGUCCCUGCAGCUCUGCCUCCUGGACCUAACACUCACCAGGAAAUGGUAUGGCCCUCGGAGCCCUCUGGUGUGUCCUGAGCUCCAGGAAGACCUCUUGGACUGUCUUUACACUCUCAAUGGGGUGUCUUUUGACUUGGAUCUGCAGAGGCCAGACCUGGAUGAGGCCUGGCCCAUGUUCUCAGAGUCGUGUUGCUUCAACUCCAGACAAGUUCAGGGAAGAAGACCCAGAAAGACUAAAGCUUCCCCAAAGAAGAUCUCAGCUGCACCUGGAGGCCGCAAAGGAGUCCAUCAGGAGGAGCCACACCCUACCCAAGGUGACUGUCUGGGAGAUGCAUCCAAAGAAGGCUGCUUGGCACAACUCCCAGGAUCUGAGCCACACAAACAUCUUUCCCCCUUUUUGGAAAAGAAGAGAGAAGAUCCCAGAAGCCACAGAAGCCCCUGGAACAUGUGGGAACCAGAGGAAGAGGAGCUCCAGCAAGUUCAAAGGGAGGGAGCUCCAAGGCCUGGGAUCUACCUGCAGAACCCAACACCCAGCAUCCAGGGACAGGGGGAGGGAGCCAAGGGAGUUGUGAAGGAGGCAACAGGGACAGAAACUAAGGGCACAGUGGUUCUUUCAGGAGCAAAAGGUCAGAGAUCAAUACAGGAAACUCAUGAAGGGGAAGUAGAGUGGGGCCAUGCUCACAGGCUCCUAGUCUCCAACCCCAGACAGACAACAGAGGAAGAAGCAACAUUGGGGUACAGACAGGAGUUAGAGCCUAGUAUCCUGGGGGACUCCCAGGUCCUUCAGGGCCUGGGAAAAGGGGAAGGAUCUAUCACAGAGAAGCCACAAGAGCAAACACAACUGACCAGCCUAGCUGGGAGAGAGAAGCAAGCAGAGGUGCCCCUGCAGGAUCUGGUUAAGAGCCUCAGACAUCAACUUCUGAAGGCCACAGAGCAGGUCCAGCACCAGGAACAAUUGCUGAGGGAGCAGGAGGGGGUACUGAAGGCCUUGCAGGAACAACUCAGCAGGUGUCAGGAAGAGAAGGCUGGGCUGCAGGCAGCACUAGAACAGAAGCAACAGGAAUCUGAGCGGAAGGACGCCCUGUAUCAAGAGGAGCUUGGAGGGCAGCGGGACCUGGUCCAAGCCAUGAAAAGGAGGGUGUUGGAACUGAUCCAAGAGAAAGACAACCUGUGGCAGAAGGUCCAGCAUCUCUCUUCUGUGGUUCCUGGAUGCUGUGUCAGCUGCAGCAAGAUCUUUGGCCGGCUAUCUCGGCGGUAUCCAUGCAGGCUCUGUGGAGGCCUAGUUUGCCAUGCCUGUUCCACGGAUUACAAAAAGAGAGAGUGCUGCUGCCCAGCCUGUGCCCAGAGAAGAGAUGCCCAGUUCUGA